AUGAUUCUCCCCCCUGAUGUGACCUGGCGGGGCGACGUUGGGGUUACCUACGCAGACCCCGACGAGGUUCUUGACCCAUGCGCCUUCUCCGUAGCGUAUCCGCUAUACUCUGUGGAUUCGGAGCUCUCCACAGAAGCUUCCAAUAGGCAGUGGUCUUGCCGCCUCCUGCCCUGUCUCCCGCCUCUGGGGCUGGUGUCUGCAUCGUUGGGCCUGCAGCUUGGGGCCGCCUUUCUGCUGCUGGCUGCUGCGAGCAACGGAAAACGCCUCCACGGGCUGCAGCCCAGUUUAAUUGACCCGGAACUCCCUGCUAUUUACAUAUACUUGUUGCAGCGAGACCCGAAGACUUAUGCCUGGUGCUGCGCGUAUGUGUUUGCAUGGUUGCUGCUGAUAUUUUGUUUGCUUGCUACGGGUGCAACAGCAGUUGCAGUCGUCCUGGGCUGCUGCAAAUGGGCACGUGUAAUGCGAGGCUUAAGCAUCGUGCAGGCCUUCAUCUGUCUCGCAACAGCUGCCACCUGCGGCGCCUGGUUGUCCGGGUGGGCAGUGGCUCAAUCAGGGUGGCGCACCGCUAGUGUCGCUGCCUUCCUUGCCCCGUUCAACUACGGGACCCUUCUCUUUGCGAAGACCCACGAACCAAUGAUCCGAGCUGCAGGCAUUAUGUUGGCAGCUGCUACGGGGGCGAGCUGUCGAGCAUCCAGAGCCACUUGCCACGACACUGCGGUCGGAGCUACGGUGACUUGUUUUGCUAUAAUCGUGUCUUGGGCAGUGAGCUUCCUGCUGCUGCAGGGUGCGAUCGGCGGCAUGGCGCCUCCUAUUUUUGGGGUACCGUCUGCCCUUUUGUCCUUCAUUUGUUUGCUGAGUUUGAACUUUGGCUGUUUUGGGCGUUGGCGUUUGGUUGUGCUGAUGGGGCUGUUUGGGGCGUCGGCAUUCGUGGCAUUCAUAGCCUGGUCUGCAGCUCAGGAGACGUACACCAUCAACUACAGCAACCGGGCACACUCGGAUACUCCUCUGGUGGCGCAGCUGAAGAGGCUUGUGGACGUCAAGCAGUGGGCUCGCGCCUUGGGAAACAAGUUAGGCGUGGCCAGUCUCGUGCAGCUAGCUGCUGCCCAGGCUGUGUUGUGCCUUUUCGCCGCUGUUAUCAUGUUCGGCCGUGCCUUCGGAGAUAAACUGGAAGCCUGUAAAAGAAAAAGGCGACAGAAAAAAAGAGACAAAGCCAUAUGCGAAGCCAUACACCAGGCCGCCAACCACCCCCACGCGCACCCCCACCCCCACACCCAUGCCGUUAUAGAAUCCUACACUGAACCUGUUUUCGACGCCUCGCCCACUCCUCCCCAGCUCCCUCUCCCAGUUUCCUUGUCCCCUGCCUCCCUACAACCAACGAAAAUCCUCGUGCCACCGCCCCCCCACGCGGUGUUGCCUUAG